AUGCAAUCGGCGAGCAAUUCGACUAUGUUGCUCGGGCUGUAGUAACUCGAAGUGCAAUAUUUCAAGUUAUCGUCACCCUGCCAAUAGCACCAUAGGUCGCAGCACUGGCACCUGUUAGUGUGAGAGUGUAUCAAACCAUACCGUCGAAGACCACAUCAUGGCGAAGAAAAAGGCGACUUCUUCUACAUCAAAAUCAACUGCAAAAGCAGCGAAGAAAGCAAAGACAGCCCAAAAGAUAGACAAAAAAGAAAAGAAAAAGGUUUCUAAAGAUCGUCGGGAAGAUGAUGACGAAGACUUAGAGGAUAUACUGGAAAAGGUGAUUCGACCCCUUUUUCAGUGGAAAUGCUUGAGUGUUAACAUGAGUGGAUCAGUAGAUGCGGAGAGAAUGGGAGGAAGCGCAUACAGUCACCGAAGAGCUAGUCGAAGGACCGCCUAGCAGACGAGCAAAUGCUACAUUGACUGCCUGCCCUAAUGGAAAUCAUCUGUGGUGUAUCGGUGGCGAAUUCUUCAGUGAGGAUGGAAAGGCGUAUUUCUAUAACGAUAUGUUCCGUUAUGCUCCUGAUAAAGAUGAAUGGCGGAAAUUUGUUUCGCCUACCUGUCCUGGCCCUCGUUCGGCGCACGCUGUUGUGGCAUCACCUGCAGGAGGCGGCAAGUUGUUUCUCUUUGGUGGUGAAUUUUCCUCAUUGUACCAAAACAACUUUCACCACUAUCGCGAUUUCUGGUGCUUCGACAUCAGCACUCAUAGCUGGGAUCGCAUUGACACCAAAUUGCGUCCCAGUGGUCGUUCGGGACAUCGCAUGGCAAUGUGGAAGCAUUAUAUUGUCCUUUUCGGUGGUUUUAUUGAUCCAGGUUUCACAACGCAUUACCUUAACGAUACCUGGAUAUUUGACACACAAGAGUACAAGUGGAAGCAAAUCGAAUUUAAGGAGACUGAUCGCAAACCCUCGCCUCGAAGUGGAUUUUCAUUCCUUCCAACAGUAGAAGGCGUGGUCCUACAUGGUGGUUAUUGUAAAGAAUAUGCCAAAGGGAAACGUCCAGUUGGUGUUAUGCUGGAUGAUACAUGGUUCCUGAAGAUCUCAAUGAACACAGUUCCCGACGGUAAAUCACUGUCAUUCAGUCCCUUAUCAUUCAAGUGGGAGAAACGCAAAAAGUCAUCAACAGCCUAUGCUCCUUCCCUACGUUCGGGAUGUACGAUGACCCCUUGGACAUCCAAAGGCAUGGGGAUCCUCUUCGGCGGAGUCACAGAUGAAGAUACUAGCGAGGAAACGUUGGAGAGUACCUUCUGGAACGAUCUAUAUGGAUAUCAGUUGGCUGGUAACGGAAGAUGGAUCUCUAUGACUCUCAAGCGGCCUAAGAAAGGAGGCUCCGCAAAGAAAAAGAAACCUGUUUUACAUCCCCCAAGAAGAGAAGAGCAAGAUGAAGAACGUAAUAGCGAUGCUGAAGAUUAUGACGAGAGAGAACAUACGGAUACUCCAGUCGUUUUACCGCAAAAGGAUUUAAAGGGCUCCAGUAUUAAAUUAGCAUCUACUGUAGAUACUGAAACCGAUACUGACGACCCCAUGCUCUCUCUGCCCCUCCCUCGCUACAAUGCUAUGCUUGCCGUUUUGCGUAACACUCUUUAUAUAUACGGCGGCAUUUUCGAGUGCGGGUCUCGUGAAUACACUUUGGAUGACUUCCAUUCCCUUCAACUCGACAAGAUGGAUCGCUAUGUAUGUUUGAAGAGUAGCGGGAUUACUAUUCCAGCGGAGGGUGCAGAUGAAAGUAGCAGCGAAGACGAUGACGACGAUGACGAAGAAGACGAUGACGAUGACAGUGAAGACGACGAGAGAAGAAGCGGUAAAGAAAUGGUUGCCGUAUGUGGUGAAGGGAAACGUGCCGAAAACAAUGCGAAUAUUGCUGAAGUCAGCGAGAUAACGGCAGAACCCCCGAGUAUAGAAAACGAAAGCGGAGCCUCUGAUCUUGACACUAGAGACAAGGAUGACCUUCGUGCACAAGCAACCGUAUUUAUGGGGGUUGCAAAAGAUACGACACGGACCGCGGAAGAUGUUAUCAGUACUCCCCUGCCAGGAGAAACACUGGCAAUGUUCUACGCUCGUUCACGAGAGUAUUGGGCGCAAAAAGCGCAUGGAACGAGUGACAAUCGUGGUAAAAUGCUUCGAAGAGAUGGGUUUGGUCUCGCUGAGGAUCGCUAUGCCUCAUACAAACCGAUAUUGGAAGAGGUUGAGAAGAUCUUGGCCGAGGCCGGUUUGGAUGAGGAUGAAAUGAGGAUGGGCGCUGCUGGAGCAGAUGCGGGAAGCGGAAUGGGGCAGAGUCGCAACCGACGCUGAUACUUCUGUGGAUCUUGUGUAUUGAGGGCUAUCUAGGUGGGUAAGAAUAUCGAUGGAGUUGAUUUUAGGAAUUGUAAAACAAAUGGAAUUCCCGUUGCGUCUAUGGCUAUGAUGCUAUUCGUGUUCAUAUUC